AUGUCUACCACCCGCUUGUCCGAAGCUCCGGCUGCCACGCCGCCAUAUGCCCUCGAGUACGGCCGAGAUGAAGAGCCCUGGAAAUGCAACGGCCAUUACCAGCCCGGAAGCGGCCCGGCGCCCUCGUGCUCCCAGCAUCACCACCACUACCACGAGUCGCAACAAAAGACAGCCAACGUCGUCCCCGUUCCCCUACUGGGGCGAUUCGCGGCCCUGGCAGAAUGCCCCGGCUGUCGUAGCGUUGGUCCGACCAGCGUCCAGUACCGCCCGGGCAAGGGUACACAGUAUGUUCUCCAUGGUAGACGGGAUAGCUUCAUUGUUCCAAGUCAUUUUCAGAGAACGGGUUGCUGA